UUUUAUUUCAUCAUUCGCUGUCAGAUCGUCUUUCUGGAAAGUCGCGUGGUAGACGACUCCAAGUUCCUCGUCAGUUCGCAAUCUUCUGGUUCAGUGAAAAUAUUAAUUAAAAACUGUCCUAGUGUGGAUCAUAGCAUUUGUUAAUCUAGCAUCAUCAAUUUAGAUCAAAUUUCAAUUGAAAAUGGCAUCCAAGCGUUUGAUUCCUCUUUUGGACCGUGUACUGGUGCAACGCGCUGAAGCCCUCACUAAAACAAAAGGCGGUAUUGUGCUCCCGGAGAAAGCCCAAUCGAAGGUGCUGGAAGGGACCAUUGUAGCCGUCGGACCCGGUGCCCGUAAUAGUCAAACUGGUCAGCAUGUCCCAUUGGCAGUGACGGUUGGCGAAAAGGUCCUGCUGCCAGAGUAUGGGGGCACUAAGGUAGACUUAGGCGACAGCAAAGAGUACCAUUUGUUCCGCGAGACGGACAUUCUUGCCAAAAUCGAAUAGAACCAGGGGUACGACGGUGAUUGUUGUCCUCGGAAGGGGAUCAAUUUCAUCCGCAUACGUCAUCCGACGAGGAAGGGAGAGUUGGUCGAGGUACGACUUUGAAAGUUUUAUUUGAAUAAUUCUAAGAUUAAGGGCGAUCGAUGGCUUCUUUUGUUUUGAAAAGGACUCUGGAAUGUGGUUUAGUGGUAAUUGUUCCGUGUGUACAUAGUAAACGAGAAAUCAACUGAAUGAAUGUUUCCUUGGAUUGAAGUGCGCGUUACCAGAGCAUUUGCAUUUAAAUCGAUUGGGCUUUGUUUGAUGCUGUGCUUCAAUACAUAUAAAUCUCCGAUAAGUUAUCAGCCGUGUGGACCACCAAAGAUUGCAGGACCAUCUUUGCUGCUCCUUUCACGUUUGAGCUUUUUCUCUUUGAAAUACGACACAAAAAUCUCGAAGAGAAGACUUGGAGCCCCGUUUUCUUCUGUAGAGGUAUCGAUUGCUAGGUUACCGGUGCAUUAGAACGAAGGUUGUCCCGUCUCGAAGAUUUGGCUUCAGGGGUAGACUGCGCGCGCGAAUAGAGAUUGAAUAUCGAAUAGAUGAAACUAGGAGUACGAUUCUAUUAGUUUAUUUUUCUGGUAAAAAUAAAAGCUACACAAAUUUACAA